AUGCCACCCUCGGUUGCAGGCAGGGAAUCGGUUGGAGGUCGAAUUGGGAAUUUGUCAAUGGCGGGUGUUGGAUCGAAAAUAACAAGGACUGUUGUAAGCGAAAGCUAUGAUUCAUUUGUCGAAUCCUUUUUUAAAAUGUCAUCAAACUACAGUUUGGUCGACUACAUACCGAAACACUCGUGUGGUAAGUUUGGUCUAGUUUUGAUCAACAUACUGAAAAAUAUAUGUGAUCACCCAUCUGAUUCCACGGCAUGGAAACACAGUCCAGAAAAGAAAACCGUUAGCGUCUCUAUCACUGCUCAGCAACUGAUGCUGUGUCUAAAACAGUUUCCAAAGGGAACUUCCGGUGGUAGAGACGGCCUAUCCCUUCAGCAUCUAAGAGAAUUGACGCAAGACAAAACCGAAUCCACAGAGCUUAUCAAUGCAGUGACUUGUUUCAUAAACCUUUUGCUAAAUGUGCAUCCGUCAAAAGUGCAUUCAAAGUUAUAUAUUAGGUGA